AUGUGUAGCAUCAAUUUCUGUGCCCUAACGUGUCAGUCGUGUAAAGCCUUUUUUCGACGAAAUGCUCUCAAAACAACCGUAUACAGGUGUAGGUUUGGCGACAAUUGCCAUAUCAAUGAAACCACACGAAGACUAUGCAACAAAUGUCGGCUCCAGAAAUGUUUUGCUGUCGGCAUGAAAAAGGAAUGGAUACUCAAUGACGAGCAGAAAAAGAUGAGAAAUUAUCGGAUCGAAGAGAAUCGGAAACAAAAGCAAAGUAAUCACAAAAUGUCAUCAAAUGUUGACAACAAGAAUACAUCGAAAGUUAAUAUCAGUUCCUGUGAUACUAAUGACAAAACUAUGGAUACAAGAAUUGAAAAUAAACAUGAUGAUUAUAGUUACACAAACACAGAUCAAUUUACCAUCAUAUCCAGGGCAUCAAAUACCCAGAGUAAUUAUUCAAUAAUUACCAUCAAUGAUUGUUCAUCAAAUAUAACACAUGAUAAGUCUAACAAUCGUUGUAUGGCUAUAGAUAUACUCAAUUGCGAAACUACUGACAGACUAAACAAUUUGUAUAGUUUUAAUCCGUUUGAAUGCAAACAAAUGACUGAAUUGUUUGACCAGAAAUUUCUAUCACAUUAUCCAAUCUCUGAGAGGGUAUCGAUGUUCACAACUACCGGUACUACAGAACUCAUUCAAUUCAAUGCAACUCAUUUUGAUAUGCAUUUAGGAAUUUUUGUGCAAAAAAUGCAACGAUUGUCUGGAUUUGCCUCCCAGUGUCUAAAUGAUCAAAUAGCCAUGGUCAAAUAUAACUGCAUCGAAAUAGGCUUAUUAAAGUCACCCAUGGAAUAUAAUGUCGACAAAGAAUGUUGGCAAUUUGCAAAGGACGGAACGACAAUUAAAUUGGACUUUUUUAAAGGAUUUAACGAUAGUAAUAACGAUUGUAUUGAUAAGUGUAGGUUUGAUGACAAUUGCCAUAUCAAUGAAAUCACACGAAGACUAUGCAAAAAAUGUCGACUCAAAAAGUGUUUCGCUGUCGGAAUGAAAAAGGAAUGGAUACUCAAUGACGAGCAGAAAAAGAUGAGAAACAAUCGGAUCGAAGAGAAUCGGAAACGAAAGCAAAGUAAUCACAGGAAUUCACUAAAUGGUGACCAGAAUUCACCGCAAACUGAGACCAAUUCCUGUGACAGCAAUACUAAUGACAAUAAAUUCAAUGAACAUGUCUUGAAAACUGGUGCUAACCUUAAUCUACAACCGACUCAUAAAUGCAAUGAAACUAUCGAUACAAUUACUGACGAAAGUAUUAUUAGUGAUGAUAAACAACUCGAUGAAAAUAGUAGCGCAAACUCCAGCCAAUAUAAUGUCAUAUCUAGCGUAUCAAAUACCUCGAGUAAUUGCCCAAUAAUUACCCUGGAUGAUUCUUCAUCUGAUACAACACAUAAUAAAUCCAACAAUCGUUGUAUGGCUAUAGACGUAAUGGACUACAAGUCUAUGGAGAGAAUCAACAGUUUAUACAGUUUUAAUCCGUUUGAAUGCAAACUAAUCACUGAAUUGUUUGACCGGCGAUUGCUAUCGGAUUAUCCGAUCGCCAGCCGGGACUCAAUGCCCGCAACAGUCAGUGAGCUUAUGGACGGAAGGAUUACGGGUGAACUUAAAUUGGAGUUUUUCAAAGGAUUUAAAGGCAGAUUUUACGACCUUCUUAAAAUAUAUUUGAACACGUUUUCACUUGAAUUUCACCAGGAUUUACAUAUCAUUGAAUUGUUAAUUCCCAUAAUACUGUUCAAUCCUCAUCAGCCAAACAUUAUCAAUAAGAAUAUGGUUGAACUUCAACACCAAUUAUACCUCAAUACCGAGAGUUUUCCCGUGAAAUGUGUGGACCACUACUGCUAG